AUGGCGGUUUGUCCAAUUGGUGGAGGCCUUGCAGUUGAUCUUUUUCUAUUCCUGCAACUCCUUUUAGCAACUUCUGGGUUGGGAUUUGGUUCAGAUGUGACGUCCUCCGCUGUCGCCGCCGCCGCGGCUCGCGUCGCACGAGCUCCCUCCAUCGCCCUCAUCGCGUUCGCUCCCUUCGUUGCCAUCGUCUCUCUCCGCCGUGCUCUUGUCUUACGAGCUCCUUCCGCCGCCGCUCUUGUUGCUACUUCUUCUCUCCUCGCCGGAGGUUUGUCAUCAUCUCUUCUCGUCGCCGUUAGUUCAGGUUAUGGUAUGGAGAAUUAUAUUUUUGCAUCAAUUUGGUGUCUAUGGAUUGCAACAAGUAGCAAGAUAUUUAGAGACAAAAUGGUUAACAGGAGGGAAAGCUCUAUAGCUAUGAGUGCCUUCCAUGUAGAUUACACACCUGAGAAAAAAGGUUUUUAUGAUAUACAUGUAUAUUGUGGAAAUGUCUUAUUGAAUAAGGGUCAUACACUCAGAAAAGAAGUAAAAGCAGGUGAAGUUAAUGGUUCCUUAUCAAAUGUGGUCAAGUUUUCUUCUAAGGUGGCAAAGAUGUCAGAAAAUGAAAUACUAGUGCAGCUUAUGGAUUCAUUUGCAAACCCUGUUCUUGCACAACAAUCAAGGUUGAAGUUGGAGACUACUUCAGCUAACAAAUCCCUUUUUCAAACUUUGGACAUUAAGGAUAACAAGGAUGGUUCAUACAAUUGUAGCUAUAUGGCUAAAGAUGUUGGAACUUAUGAGAUUUGUGCUUCCUUUGAUGGCAAGGAUAUUCUGCCAUGUCCCUUCAGUAUCAAUGUGUAUAGCAGUGAGUAUUUUCCCAAAGCCAACAAUGAUAUAGUAUCUGUUUGGGAGGAUCAAUCAAUUGCCAUUGAUGCUUUAGCAAAUGAUUACUUUGCUGGUGAUAAUGCAACUAUAGUUCAAUUCUGA